AUGCCUCGUCGUGUGUCCAACGCCCCCCUAAGCAGUUCACCUCCGACCCCUUGGCCGUCCUUUUCGCCGACGGAAAAGGGCGGCAGCCUCGUUAGCAAAACUUCGCAGAAAGCUAGCAAGAUCGCUCAAUUCUUUUCCACGUCGCCAAAGACAAAAGAAGCACAAUCAGCCGCAGCUGCGCUGCUCGCAGCAAGCAAAGCUCAAGAGCAGGCCUUUCUAGCUUCUGGGACUCCUAUGCCUAGUGUACCAUCGCUUUCAUUACCGAGUAUCUCCCUGUCGACCGCUCGUGCCGAUUCAGCCAACAUGGACGAACCACCCACCACUCUUUUUCAACCACCAUCCCCGGCCGAGACCAGAAAAAUGGCAAAACAACAUGCCCAGUUUGGGCCACUGAUUUCUCAGUCGCAUCGGUACAUGAGCAGACACCCUGGCGGCGAGUUUCCCGAUCCUAUCAUGGACGAACCACCCUACUACUAUCUCUUGACCACCUACAUUUCUUAUCUGAUCCUUAUCAUAUUUGGGCACGUCCGAGACUUCUUUGGUAUGAGGCUCAAGGAGGACAACUACAGACACCUCAAAGCGCGGAAUGGCUAUGCUGCACUCAACAGUGACUUUGACAACUUUUAUGUCCGUCGUCUGAAAAUGCGCAUCAAUGAUUGUUUCAACAGACCGACCACCGGCGUUCCGGGACGCUACAUCACUUUAUUGGAUCGCACAUCUGACGAUGGCAAUGUCCACUUCACCCUGACGGGAACGACCACCGAAACCCUGAACAUGAGUUCUUACAACUAUCUUGGCUUUGCGCAGUCCGAAGGUCCCUGUGCCGAUUCCGUGGAGGAGGUAAUUAAGAAGUACGGCCUGUCCACAAGCAGUGCCAGGAGUGAAGUUGGUACCUCCGAGCUUGCUGUGGAAUGCGAGGAACUCGUUGCCGAAUUUGUGGGAAAGCAAUCCUCCAUGGUCUUCUCCAUGGGAUUCGGUACCAACGCUGCAAUCUUUCCGGCUCUUGUAGGGAAGGGCGAUCUGAUCAUUUCUGAUGAACUUAACCAUGCUUCAAUUCGGUUCGGGUCAAGACUCUCCGGUGCUAUGAUUGCCUCUUUCAAGCACAACGACAUGGCCGAGCUGGAGACCAAACUUCGUGAGGCGAUCUCCCAGGGCCAACCUCGGACCCAUCGUCCCUGGAAGAAAAUCCUGGUCGUGGUUGAAGGUCUUUACUCCAUGGAGGGCACGAUGUGCAACUUGCCAGGCCUGGUGAGACUGAAGAAACGAUACAAGUUUAACCUUUUCGUCGACGAAGCUCAUUCGAUUGGUGCCCUGGGGCCCCGUGGAAGAGGUGUCUGCGAUUACUUUGGCAUUGAUCCGUCGGAAGUGGACAUCCUCAUGGGAACACUCACAAAGUCCUUUGGCGCCAACGGCGGCUACGUUGCCGGCGACAAGGCUGCCAUCGACAAGUUACGUCUUUCCAAUGCGGGUACGGUAUAUGGCGAGACCCCCGCCCCGGCCGUACUGGCACAGAUCAUUGCCGCCCUCAAGCUCAUGAACGGAGAACUGAUCCCGGGGCAAGGCGAGGAACGUCUGCAGAGAAUUGCGUUCAACUCGCGCUACCUGCGCCUCGGGUUGAAACGACUUGGGUUCAUCGUUUAUGGUCAUGACGAUUCACCUAUCAUUCCAGUGAUGCUUUACAACCCGGCGAAAAUGCCUGCUUUCUCUCAUGAGAUGCUCAAGCGCAAGAUCUCAGUCGUCGUAGUGGGUUAUCCGGCUACGCCGUUGAUUUCGUCUCGUGCUCGGUUCUGUGUUUCGGCAGCCCACAACAAGGACGAUCUCGACCGCCUCCUGGCCGCCUGCGACGAGAUUGGAAAUGUCCUCCAGCUGAAGUUCUCCAGUGGUAUCGCCGGGGGUGCUCCUCCUCUAGCUGAAGGAAUCAGUUGGGAAAUGGAACAGAGCCGGAAACGAUUGGAAAAGCAUGACAAGGUUGCCAAGUCCCUUGUCCACAUCCCUCGAUGGAACUUGGAGGAAGUUCUUAAGCGCGGUGUCCAGGACGUCAAGGUUCCUUUACGAUAG